AUGGCUAAGGUGCUACCUGCCUACAAAAUACAGCUACACUUUUCUAAAACCUUUCUGUUAUUCUCUCAAGACAUUCCGUCUCAGAAUUUGGGCUUCGUGAAUCCGAAGUUGGUCACGUUAGACUUAAACAUUGCUGGCAAGGACUACGUAAUUCACCAAUCCCCAACCAUCCUACAUCGUCCGGGAAGUACCACUGGCGCUGUCGUGUGGAAAAUCACACCGCUCGUAGCCGAUUGGCUGGCGGCUUCCGGGAAUCCGCUCUGGACCUCUAAUAUCCUAUCAUCCUCUUCCGCCGUGCUGGAACUGGGAUGCGGGAUCUCAGGUCUAGUAGGAUUAGUGCUUGCACCAUCCGUUGGGAGGUACACACUAACAGACCAAUCUUACGUCGCAAGAUUGGUAGAAAAGAAUAUUGAUGAGAACAGCCCUCUACGAAACUCAAAGCAAACAGGGACCACAUCUCAGAAGCGAAAAGGAAAGUCAUCGAAUGUUCAAGCUAAAGCUAAUCUACAAUUUCUACCCCUUGAUUGGGAGCUAGACGAAGUGACACCCGCGCUCACGGGAAGUGAUCAAGUUAAGAGCUUCGAUCUUGUCAUUGCUUGCGAUUGCAUCUACAAUGACGCGUUAAUUCAACCCCUUGUGCAAACUUGCGCUGACGCGUGUAAGCUGAGGUCAAUAGAUAAGAACGAUGCCGAAAGACCGACUGUCUGCUUGGUCGCACAGCAGCUUAGGGACCCAGAGAUAUUUGAAGGCUGGAUUAAAGAAUUCAGCAAAUAUUUCCGGGUGUGGCGCGUCCCUGAUAAGGCCUUGAGUGAGGAACUCCGGACAAACCCUGGAUUCGUGGUCCAUCUAGGUAUCUUGCAGAAUGCGCCAGAAAUGCGCCAUCAAUCGUAA